AUGUGGUUGAGUGCCAAUUUAGUCAUUGCUACUUUCUCCUUGGGUGCCUUGGGUAUAACUGUCUUUGGUUUAGCCUUUGGUCAAGCUGUUUUGGUCAUUAUAUUUUUCUCCAUUUUGGGUGCCUUUUCCGUCGGGUUCUUUUCUAUUUUUGGUUCUGCUUUAGGUUUAAGACAGAUGCUUUUAUCAAAGUUUUUAAUUGGUGAUUAUGCAACAAGGUUGUUUGCGGCAAUUAAUGUCGUUGCUUGUGUUGGUUGGGGUGCAGUUAAUAUCAUGUCUUCCGCUCAAUUAUUGCACAUUGUCAAUAAUGGUGCCUUGCCACCUUGGGCUGGUUGUCUUAUCUUGGUUGUCUGUACUGUUUUGGUUACUUUCUUUGGUUAUCACGUUAUCCACAUUUACGAAAAAUGGUCUUGGAUUCCAAACUUGAUUAUCUUUAUCAUCAUCAUUGUCAGAUUCGCCAUGACUGGUAAAUUCAACAGUGCAGACUUUGUUGGUGGUAGAACUACCGCUGGUAGUGUUUUAAGUUUUGGUGGUACUGUUUUCGGUUUUGCUACUGGUUGGUCAACCUAUGCUGCCGAUUAUGUUGUUUACCAUCCAAGAAAUACUAACCCAUACAAAGUCUUUUUCAGUGUCUUUUUGGGUUUGUUGCUUCCUUUGUGGUUUACUUUGAUUUUGGGUGCCGCUUGUGCCACUGGUAUUGCCAAUGAUCCAGAAUGGACAGCAAUGUAUGACGAAUACUCUGUUGGUGGUUUAGUUUACUCCAUUUUGGUUACUAAAUCAUUGCACGGCUUUGGUCAAUUCUGUUGUGUUGUCUUGGCUUUAUCUACUGUUGCCAACAAUGUUCCAAACAUGUAUUCUAUGGCUCUUUCUGCCCAAACUGUUUGGAGUCAAUUUGGUAAGAUUCCAAGAGUUUUCUGGACUCUUUGUGGUAAUGCUGCUACUUUAGCCAUUUGUAUUCCUGCUUAUUAUAAAUUCGAAUCCGUCAUGGAAAAUUUCAUGAACUUGAUUUCUUACUACUUGGCCAUUUAUGAAAGUAUGAUGUAUUCAUCUCAUUUCAUUUGGUACAAAGGUAAAAUGAGUGCUUAUGAUUAUGAAAGAUGGAACGAUAAACAAGCUUAUCCAUUAGGUCUUGCCGGUGUCUUUGGUUUUGCCUGUGGUGUUGCUGGUGUUGUUUUAGGUAUGGAUCAAACUUGGUACGCCGGUGUUAUUGGUAGACAAAUCGGUGAAUUUGGUGGUGAUAUUGGUUUCGAAUUAGGUUUCGGUUUUGCCUUUAUCGGAUUCAAUGUAGCCAGAUACUUUGAAAAGAAGUAUAUUAGAUAA